AUGGCUUCUCAAAAACAAAUCAGCACCAAUGUUACCGAGCUCCUGGGUGUCAAACAUCCAGUUCUCCUAGCUGGCAUGUUCAAUGUUGCGUCUCCAAAGCUUGCGGCGGCCGUGACCAACGGCGGAGGCCUUGGGGUAAUCGGAGGAGUCGCGUAUACUCCAGAACUGCUCCGCGAAGCCCUCAAAGAGCUGAAGAGCUACCUGAUAGACAAGAGCGCCCCGUUCGGAGUUGACCUUCUUAUCCCCAAGGUUGGUGGCAGCGCCCGGAAGACCAACUAUGACUACUCCCACGGCAAGCUCGGCGAGCUCAUUGAGAUCAUCAUUGAAAGCGGCGCGAAACUGUUCGUCUGCGCCGUCGGCAUUCCGCCCAAGUGGGCCGUCGACCGGCUUCACCAAGGUGGCGUCCUCUACAUGAACAUGAUCGGACAUCCUAAGCAUGCCCUUAGAGCCGUUGAAGUCGGAGCAGACCUUAUUUGCGCACAGGGAGGCGAGGGAGGUGGCCAUACCGGCGACAUUCCCACCGUUGUUCUGAUCCCCGCUGUGGCUGAACUCCUCCGAGACAAGAUCAGUCCAUUCACACAUCGUCAGGUAGCGUUAGUAGCAGCAGGGGGGAUGUAUAAUGGUCAGUCCCUGGCGGCAGCAAUCAUGUUAGGCGCCGGCGCAGUGUGGGUUGGAACGCGCUUUAUCCUCUCGGAGGAGACUGGCGCAUCGAGUGUCCACCAGCAGGCACUGCAGGAGGCAGGGUUCGACGACAUCAUCCGUACGACGAUCUUCAGCGGUCGCCCGCUGAACACCCAGGCCACGCCGUAUAUCAAGCGCUGGGAGAACGAGCGCAAGCAGGAGUUGCAGGACUUGCAGGGCAGGGGUAUCAUCCCGUUGGCGCAUGAUAUGGACACCAAGAAGGAUGACGAUGAGGUCCUGGACAAUGCACAUCCGAUGCUCAUGGGCAAAGUUGCGGGACUGGUGCGUGAGAGGCUUCCUGCUGGGAAAAUUGUGGAGAGCAUGGUCGAAGAGGCGGCAGCGUUGUUGGAGGCUGGCGCUAGGAGUGUUUCGAAGGCUAAGCUGUAG